CCCACUCACUUGGCGACCAGCGCACUCCUAACUUCUGUUAACACUUUAACACAUUACACAGUAACACGUUAUAUUGAAAUAGAAGGGGAAAAAACCAACAAGUGGAGCUUUAAUUCCAGCAAGACUCUGACACUUGUUUGGAUUUUUUUUUUUUUUUUUAAGUUUUGUUCACCUGAAGGGCUUCCCCCCCACCACCCUCCGGUCCCCUGACGCCGGCUCUUGCUGCAGCUUCUGUCCGCCCCCGGCUACUUCCCUUCCGGCCAUGGGCUCCGUGUUGCCCGGCUCCUCGCUGGGCCUGAAGUCGGGCUUCAAGCCGCACCAGCCGCUCUCCCUGGCGGACAUCAUCACCUCGGACAUCCUGCACAGCUUCUUGUACGGCCGCUGGAGGCACGUGCUGGGCGAACAGCACCACCAUCUCCCGCACCAGCAUCACCUGCAGCACGAGGACCGCACCACCCCAAGCGCGAGCCCCAAGACCGCGUUCACCGCUGAGGUGCUCGCGCAGUCCUUCUCCGGAGAGGUCCAGAAGUUGUCCAGUCUGGUGUUACCCAGUGAAGUGAUCAUCGCUCAGAGUUCAGUCCCAGGAGAAGGUUUGGGUAUUUUCUCUAAAACCUGGAUUAAAGCUGGAACAGAGAUGGGACCCUUCACCGGACGCCUCAUCUCACCUGAACACAUCGACCUGUACAAGAACAACAACCUCAUGUGGGAGGUGUUUAACGAGGACGGGACAGUCAGGUAUUUCAUUGAUGCGAGUCAGGAGGACCAGAGGAGCUGGAUGACUUACAUUAAGUGUGCGAGGAACGAGCAGGAGCAGAACCUGGAGGUGGUUCAGAUCGGCAGCAGCAUCUUCUAUAAGGCUGUGGAGACAAUCCCUCCGGAUCAGGAGCUGCUGGUCUGGUAUGGAAACUCCCACAACACCUUCCUGGGAAUCCCGGGAAUUCCUGGAGGAGAUGAGGAACAAAGCAAGAAGACCAAAACCGAUGAGUUCCACACCUGUGAAGGCUCCACUUCCUCCUCCUCCUCUUCUUGCUCCUCUUCCUCAUCUUCCUCCUCCUCCAGUCUGGGCCGCAUGCGUUGCGUCAUCUGCCACCGCGGCUUCAACUCCCGCAGCAACCUGCGCUCCCACAUGCGCAUCCACACGCUGGACAAGCCGUUUGUCUGCCGCUUCUGCAACCGCCGGUUCAGCCA